AGGUGUUGUUGUUUUUAAGUUUUCUUUAAUUCGAUUUCAGUUUUCUGUCGAUUUUCCAAGGGAGGAUAAACCGGGCAAACCGAGCAAACAACAAAAUAAAUAGCAUUAUCCAGUACCCUUGUUUUAAAAUACACCGUUGAGAAGUACCAAGGCCAGCAAGCAAAAUGUCGCACAAAUCUACACCAUAUAGCCCAAACUUUCCACCUAGUCAAGGCUAUGAACCCCCAGUAGAAGGUGGCACACAUAAUGAAAGUUACCCUAUGAACCCCCAUGGGGAUUACUCAGCACCUCCACACCAUCAGAUGCCACACCCUGGACCCACAUUGCCACCUGGAGCCCAGCCUUUACCAGGAAUGCAUCAUGGCUUCCAACCAGGGUUUCAACCGGGCUUUCAACCUGGUUAUCAGCCUGGCUAUGCACCUGGAUAUCCUCAUCCGCAGUCAGGCUACCCGGCACCAGUGGUGCAGCAGCCUGCACCUCAGGGUCCUCCAGGUGGUUGGAUGACUAUUCCGCGCGGGCUGAGCAACUGUCCUCCAGGUUUGGAAUACCUGUCUAUGAUUGAUCAGUUGCUGGUGCAUCAGAAGAUUGAACUGAUGGAAGCUUUUGUUGGUUUUGAAACUAAUAAUAAAUACACAAUUAAGAAUAAUGUUGGGCAAAAAGUGUAUUAUGCGAUUGAAGACAAUGAUUGCUGCACUCGUAACUGCUGCGGUCCUAUGAGACCAUUUGAAAUGAAAAUUAUGGAUAAUUUCCACAAUGAGGUUAUUCAUCUGCAUCGCCCUCUAGCUUGUGACUCGUGCUUCUGUCCGUGCUGGCUGCAGAGCAUGGAGGUGACAGCCCCUCCGGGAACAGUCAUCGGCUCCAUUGAACAAGAGUGGUCGAUCUGCAAGCCAUGCUAUGUAAUAAAGAAUGCAUUGGGUGACGUCGUUCUGAGAAUCAAAGGACCAUGUUGUACUUUCUCCAUUUGUGGACAAGUCGAAUUCAAUGUGUAUUCCAGAGACGGAGAUACCAAAGUGGGCAAGAUAACGAAGCAGUGGUCGGGGCUCGCGCGAGAAAUGUUCACAGAUUCAGACUACUUUGGUAUAUCAUUUCCUAUGGACCUUGAUGUCAGGAUAAAAGCUGUCCUGUUGGGCGCGUGUUUCUUGAUUGAUUUUAUGUUCUUCGAAAAGACAAGAAACCAAAAUGAGUAAGAACAUAACUGUAACGAGGCAUUUAUAAUUUGUCUGAUAAUAUUUUAAAUGUAUGACUAUCGGCUUGUGUAAUCUUAUAUUGGAUCUCGUAACCUUUUCGAUCUGUUUACAUCUUAAUAUUAAGAAAAGUAGGAGCACAAUAAAAGCUUUAGUAUUGAAAAUGCUUUCGCCUAUUAAUAGUUACUAUUUAUUAAAACAUUUAAAAAUUUUUAACCCUUAAACAUUUAAUAGUUGGAUUGUUCAACUUUUGUGACUAUUAGAUUGUAAGAAAUAUUUUGAAAGUCAAUAAAUUUAGAACUAGAGCAUUUACAAUACUGUCACUAUAUUGAUAAAAGUGAAAAUAUACGAAAACCGCCAAACUAUGGUAAUUUAAUUACCUUCUUACGCAUUUUUUAUAUUAGUUAUCUAUGACACAAAUACAUUAGGUUUACUAAAUUUCGUUUUAAAAAUAUACAUUGUUCCAAAUAAAAUUGUUAAUGUCUUAAACUCAAGAUAUACUUUUUUUAGUAGACUGCUAUUGAACUAACAUAAUUGCUGAUUAUUAAGCCUACCGAAAUACAAAUUUUACACUCUUCAUAAUUUAUUAAUAGGUAUCAAGAUAGCUUAGAUAGGUUUCAUAUGAAGCAAUUUUCAUUGUAUUGAAACAUUUUAUUCUCAAUGAAAAUAAAAAUUAUAUAGUGGAAAAACAUACUAUAUUUUUUCUUAAUAUUUAUUGGAACAGUACAUAAUCAAUAUAUUUUAUGGAACAAAAAAUAUUCUUUCCUAUGAUUAUCCAUUUUCAGUUUUAUUCUCAUUUAGAUUUAAGUGCAACUUAUCCGUGCUCUGCUGUUCAAUUAUUUUAUUGGUUUAUUUAAACCUUCUGAUAAUUAUGUUUAUAAAUAUAUUUACAUGUAGUGUAGAUUUACCGAUUAUUUUACUCUUUUAUGCCUUUUUUAUGUUUUAUUUUGUUUUUAUUUUUAAUUCAAUGUUAUAUGUGUUAAAACUAUAUGCCAUGCGUUUUUUUUAAUUACAAUUAUUAAAUUAUAUCUGGAUUAUUAUGAUUGUCAAAUGGAUGUUAUCCAUAGUUAUAGUUGAGGCACAAUUAUAAAACAGAAUUUUAACUGGAGAUUGUUAUCUUUAAUUUUCAAUCCUGCCACUGUGAAUCUAUGUGUAAUAAAAAAGUUUAUUUUAUAUUUCUAGUCUUCAAUAUUAAUUCUUUUUCAUAUUGUAUUUUUUAAUUAUUAAGCAUGCCAAUAAUUAAUAAAAUCUAAAUUCGCGUAAAUGACAAAAAUUGCCAAACUUCUUAUAAUGUACUAGAUAAUGUGACAAAAUUAAUGCUUUUAAAAUGCAAUUAUUUACAUCAAUUUUAAUAUAAAUGACAGAAAAUUAUAUUUAUGGUUGUGAAAACUUUAGUUACCAAUUUUGGUAAUAUUUGCAUUUUUUCAUAGGCUGUAGUGCAAUGUUAGACAUACAAACUUGAAGACAUUUCGAUAUUAUAUUUUUACUCUGUAUAAUGUUCCUUGAUUCUCCUAUUUAAUUAUUUUAGGCAUAUUUAAUGCUAGUAGUUGAUAUUGAAAAGAUUUUUUUUUACAACAGUUUGAAAUCAAUGAUUAACAAUUUUAAAAAAUUGAAUACUAUGAAAUAAGUUAAUUUAUAUUUUAAUUUUGCAGCAAGAAAUGUAAUCGUCUAGAGUAAGUUAUAUAUUGUAAACCAUUUAC